CAUCAUGAGUCGUUUCUUCUCAUCCUUUGUGGGAAUUAAUUCAGCAAUGACUAUUGUCAAGAUAAUACUCCUACUCGGUCUGCUGCUGCCACUUUCAUUCACCUCUCCAGCAGAUGACGCAAAAGAUGAAGCCAUAGGCCGCCUCCUCUGCCAUCCCGAUCCCACAAAAACCGAUGAAUUCCCCGGCGUAAUACGGUUCCCGAUCCCUCACGAUUCCGAUUCGAUCCCUCUAGAGUUUCGUGCUUUGGUGGGGACCGAAUUUGCCCGUCCAGAGGAUCACCUAUACCCCACCGUUCGCUUUUGCCGGGUCUCCAUCCUCGUUAUCAAUCGAACAUCACCAUUCUCGCCUUUUCGAAACCACCCAGUCGACAAUGAAGUUCAUCAGUUUCUAGGGUAUCCGUAUAUUUCAGCAGAACAACUCUUUGAUGACUCUUUUCCAGUAAUUCAGUCUGUCCAACUCGAAUCCAUAGACUAUCACCAAGUUGGUGGAUUGAAAGGCUGGACCAUGAACUUGAAUUCUACGGAGUGGGCCGCUAACGAACAGUUUAUGGUUGGAGACUCUCUAAUGUUUGUUUACAACAUAAAUCAUUACGACGUGUUAGAGGUAGGUCGAAGUGGUUACGAUUCUUGCGAUGACAAAAAUUUGCUUAUGAACGUGACAGAAGACGCGAACAAUAUUUUUAAACUAACCGAAGCUAAAUCUUACUACUUUAUAAGUAGUAGAGAUCGUUGCCUUCAAGGUCUUAAGAUGGCGAUCAAUGUGAAUACGCUUCCUCCUCCUCCACCUCCAACUCCACAGACGGAGUACUCAUCUGCAAACACAUGCAUCCUAAACAUGAUCUUGACUUCACUCCUGAUUCUGUGGGCUGGGGUCUUCAACUGAUCAGUGCUGCUUGGUGCAGUAGGUUUGGUCGAUCAAUCCUUCUUUUCAGUGGAAGAACAUCUUUUCUUUUUCUUUCUUAUGCUCCCAGUUAU